AAACUGAUAACUGCUCUGAGACCUUAAAGGGGAGAGUUGGAGUUAUUUCUGCUGUAUUCCACUCUCCGUGGAAAUCUCAAAGGUGGAGCUUCUUCCGAUUUGCGUCAUUUCUCGUCCCCGCCCCUCCCAGCUGAUGACAAAACGAGCGCACCCUCAGCCGAGCGGGAUAUUUCAUCAGCGACCACAGACAGCAGCAGCAGCUCCUCUCCUCAUCCCUCUGGGCUCCUCUGUGUGACCACCAACUACUCCAAAAUAGAAAGGUCUUAAUCUGUUGCUGCAAAAUACCACAGACCAGCUUCCUCCUGUUCUCUGGAACAACUGUUGCAUAAGUCAACACACCUUCACCAAAGGACCUAUAAUACACAAGUUCCCCUCCCUAUUUGGCUGGAAGAACUUCUCCUCUCAGUGCUGUCACACGUGUUGUGUUUAGGCUCUGUCACUCACUCACUCACACACACACCCCACGCUCGAAGGAUUUAAAACACAUAGCCUGGUUCAGCGCCCACACACUCACAGCAAACAUGGUCAGCAAGCUGUCCAACUUUGGCAAAGCCCUGCUGCGUCGCCGGGCUUUGGUCGACUCUGGUGAGGAGUCCCCGUUUGCCCGAUGCCUCUCCACGCUGGACCUCAUCGCCCUGGGGGUGGGCUCCACGUUGGGCGCCGGUGUCUACGUCCUCGCUGGUGAAGUCGCCAGGGAGAAAGCAGGGCCCGCUAUUGUCCUCUGCUUCCUCAUCGCCGCUCUGUCCUCCAUGUUGGCCGGCCUGUGCUACGCUGAGUUUGGAGCCCGUGUCCCCAAAACAGGGUCAGCGUAUCUGUACAGCUACGUGACAGUGGGUGAAAUCUGGGCCUUCAUCACCGGGUGGAACCUCAUCCUCUCUUAUGUGAUAGGAACGGCCAGCGUGGCUCGGGCCUGGAGCUCAACCUUCGACAACUUAGUGGAGCAGAAGAUCUCAGGCUUCUUUAAAGCCUCCAUGACCAUGAAAGUACCAGGAGGGGUGCUGGCAGAGUACCCCGACCUGUUCGCCCUCAUCCUCAUCCUGCUGCUCACUGGACUUCUGGCCUUCGGCGUCAGCGAGUCCGCUCUGGUGAACAAGAUCUUCACGGGCAUCAAUCUGGUGGUUCUGGGCUUCGUGAUCAUCUCAGGGUUCGUGAAAGGCGACACAAAUAACUGGAACCUGACGUCAGGCGACUACUACACCUUCAUCAACGACAGCAACGGGACCAGGACUCCAAAAUUAGAGGAGGAAUUCGGUGAUGGUGGCUUCGCUCCCUUUGGCCUCAGUGGGGUCUUGUCUGGUGCUGCUACUUGCUUCUACGCCUUUGUCGGCUUCGACUGCAUCGCCACAACAAGUGAAGAAGCAAAGAACCCCAUGCGUUCCAUUCCCAUCGGCAUCGUGGCCUCCCUGCUCAUUUGUUUCUUCGCCUACUUCGGCGUGUCUGCGGCUCUGACCCUGAUGAUGCCGUACUACCAGCUGAACACCCAGAGCCCGCUCCCUGAGGCCUUCACCUACGUGGGCUGGGCUCCGGCCCGGUACAUCGUGGCGGUGGGCUCUCUCUGUGCUCUGUCUACGAGUCUCCUGGGCUCCAUGUUCCCCAUGCCCCGUGUGAUCUACGCCAUGGCUGAGGACGGGCUGCUGUUCCGUAUCCUCUCCAGGAUCAAUGCUCGCACAAAGACCCCUCUCCUGGCUACCAUUGCUUCUGGCAUUGUUGCAGCUCUGAUGGCCUUCCUGUUCGACCUGGCGGCUCUGGUAGACCUCAUGUCCAUUGGAACUCUGUUGGCGUACUCUUUAGUGGCCAUCUGUGUCCUUAUCCUCAGGUACCAGCCAGGCACCCUGAACUCAUCCAGCCAGACGGAGAAUCUGGUGGAGCUGGUUGAAGGCGAGAAAGUGCCGGUUAAAGGAGCGGAGAGCGAAGACGAGUACGAUGACACGCCGCUCAAAGAGGCUUUCAAGGUCAAGCUGCUCUUCUUCCCGAGCGGAAAGAACCCGACGCAGACCUCUGGGUUCAUCGUCUACGCCACCACCGCCAUCAUCUCUGUUCUUAUCACCCUGCUGUGCAUCGUCUUGGCCAACUGUCUCCCAGACCUGCUGGCGGCACGGCCCGGCGUCCUGGUGCCCUGCGUCAUCCUGACUCUGCUCUGUGUCGUCUGCGUCAUUAUCAUCUGGAGGCAACCUGAGAGCAAAGAGGCGCUGAACUUCAAGGUCCCUCUGCUCCCCUGGUUGCCCUUGUUCAGUGUUUUCGUCAACAUCUACCUCAUGAUGCAGCUGGACCUGGGAACAUGGUGCCGAUUCGCCGUCUGGAUGGCCAUAGGUUUUGCGAUCUACUUCUUCUAUGGUAUCAGGAACAGCGGUGAAGCAGCCAACAACAGGUCGUCCCCUCGCAAGUACGAACCCGCGCUGCAGAGCAAAAGCCCGAUCUACAAAGGCGGUGACAGUGACCUGGAAGCCAGCAGUCCUUGAUACUGACUGCUUUGGACUCGGGUGGCGUUGCAGAGCACUCUACACUGGCGGUGUAGCCGAACUUGAAGCAGGAAGCUGCAGUGUAGGCCGCCCUGAAACGCAGCCCUGGGUUUAAGAGAAGAAGAGGCAAGACAAAGUCACACACAUCUUACCUCUGACUCUGAGGCUGAUUAACUUGAUGACUGGACACUGUGAACCACUCUCUGGUCCGUGCGUCUGUUUCAACCCGUCUGUCGGUCUGUUCGUUCCUAGCCUUAGCCCCCCUGGAGAUCUGCCUCUAACACAUGCAUUGAACGGACCUAGCUUAAAGCGUACUGCUGAUCUCAAGCCGUUUAACCGGAAGAUUGUUACAUGUUGUAUGUUUAUUUGUGCGCUUUUGCGUGUGAAGCCAUGUCGCCACAAGGGGGGGAAACAAGAACUACGACCUUAACCCCCCCCCCCCCCCCAAACAUGAUGUCUUGAAGCAGUGAGUUUACUACCAUGAGGGUACUGGCAUCACUGAGCUAGACCUCCGACUGUAUUACUAACAUGAGUAGCUCUCUCAGUGGAGUCGACACGUCUAGAUCACAUGUUCCUGUUUGUUGCUGUUUGUUUGUGUGUAAACAGGGUAGCACUGAUGCUGUUGUUGUUGACAGCCUCAGUCAGGUGAGGAAGAACACGUCGCUGUCGUCUUCAUCGCACACUUCAGUACAUGCUUUACAAAUUUUGAACACACUAUGACCUUUGUGCCCCCCUGCUCCCACAGGACAGACUUUAUUCUUCAUGUUUUUAUUACAUACAGACGCACAAUUCAAGUAUUUGAAGGCUGAAAUCAGCAAAAGAAAACACUUCAUUUUAAUUUGAUGAGUUUAUUGGACUCUAAAUAAUCUAUCAAACGCACCAAGUACCCGUACAUGACUGCGUCGUGCUCUGCAUGGCUGUAUCCUGAUGUUAGCAGAUCUGGGGAGGUGGAUAGAUUUGCACUUACUUUAUGUGUUAAAGGUGUUUGUUACAGAAGAGGAUUAAGGGCCACUGAAAAAAAAAUUAAGGUCCAAUUUUAAAAAAAUUAUUAUUCUGAGAAUAAAGUCAGAAUUCUUGGAUUAAAGUAAAAGUCAGAGUUCGUAGAUUAAGGUCAGAAUUCUUAGAUUAAGGUCAGAAAUCUGAGAUUAAAUUCAGAAUUCUGAGAUUAAAGUCAGAAGUCUGAGAUUAAAGUAAAAAUCAGAAUUCUUAGAUUAAUGUCAGAAUUCUGAGAUUAAAGUCAGAAUUCUGAGAUUAAAGUCAGAAUUCUGAGAUUAAAGUCAGAGUUUGUAGAUUAAGGUCAGAAUUCUGAGAUUAAAGUCAAAAUUCUUAGAUUAAAGUAAAGGUCAAAAUUCUUAGAUUAAAGUCAGAAUUAUUGGAUUCAAGUCAGAAUUCUGACUUUUUUUCUCAGAAUAAUAACAAUAAAAAAGAAACAUAUUGGACUUUAUUUCUUUAUUAUUUUCCUUGGCCCUAAUCCUCCUCCGUACUUUGUUAUUGUCUGACAGGCCGAUGAAUUUCAACUGACACCUGUCCAGUGUGGCGUUCAGGAGAGCAGGGGGUCUACUUUUAACAAGGGCCUGUUUUUAAUCAUCACUAAUCCACUUUUCUUUUUGGUUUUCGCUUCCUUGUGAAAAGACUUGUAUCUUUUUUAUCUUUUAGUUUCAGUUGAAACUCGUUCUUGGCAGCUUCGUCUGUUGAGGUUUCAGUACUUCUUCUGUUUUUCUGCUAGAGAUGUUAAUAUUUAAACGUUUGUACGUUUCUUUGGGAUAGCUUUCUCUUAUAUAUAUUUGCCUUUCAUAUCAAUUUCAAUCAACUAACAUGCUUUCUAGGUGUACUUUAAUCGUUACAUGUACAGUUUUUAGAGUGCCGAUCUUUUUGUUUUCUUUUAUAUUCAUGUUUUUAAAUGUCUUUCAUUUUGCGAUCCCUUUUGACCAAAUGAACGUGUUUUUGGAAACUUUCCAACGCAAAGAACGACCACUGAAAGUUGGUCUCUAAUUCUGUAAUUUAAACACAAAGUUUUUAUCCCAAUCCUCUGGAGUCAACAUAACUUAUUGUUCGUAUUGUUUUUAUUGUCCACGUCAAAUACUGUAGAGUGUACAGUAUUUGUUAAAAGCUGUAUCUUUAUUUGUAUAACGCUGUAAAUUAUACAAAUGUGCUUUCUAUAAAAUGAGCUGAAGUCUAAUCUGGUCAGAGAAGGUUUUUUUAAAUCAUCUCUGAAGCAUUUCAUUUAACAUUUGAUGCUGCUGAGCUCCAAACUUUGUAACACUUUGAAGUCCCUUCUGCAGAUCUAAAAGUCCUAAUGGAUGCAAUACUGUCACCUGUGUUACACAAACAGUAGACAGGUCAGAGGUCAUAUCUCCUGAUAUGCAUUGGUGGCAAAGUGAGGGCACAGUGAAGGUGGAGUCAGACUCAGCCAGAGUUUCCAGCUGAUGUGAAUGGAUGAACUGGUGCCUGAAGCAGCAUCCUCCUGCCUGAGAGCUACUGCAGAGUUUAUCUGUUAUCACUGAGCUGCUCUCUGUCAUGGAUCAAAAGUCAUCUGAGGCUCCAGACUUUCUGCACAUCAAAAUGUAAAAGUUACAUUUUCUUGUGAGCGAGCUCAGAGAGGAAGAAUUCCUCACAUCGUAAAGGUCAUUUUGAAGCGGCUGUGGCUUCUUCACACCCAGCCCUGGUGCCUUUCAUGAAUCCAUAUCAUCCCCACUCUUCUUAGAGCUGAAUCUAUUUUUGUCCUUCUGUUUUAAAUACUGUACAUAUCGCUGACAUGUAUAAAUGAGCUGUAUUUUCAAUGUUUUUUUAAUAAAACUGAUUCAUGCUUCAGAUCGA